AUGGAAUCGGAUGAAUAUCAUCCAAUUGUAAUUUUAAUUGAUGAAUUAAAGAAUGACGAUAUGCAACUCAGACUUAACUCAAUUAGAAAACUUCAAUCAAUUGCUAAAGCUUUAGGUCCAGAACGUACUCGUACAGAAUUAAUCCCAUAUUUACAAGACUCUGUUCUCGAGGAUGAAGACGAAGUUUUAGUUGCAUUAUCAGAAGAAUUAGGUAAUUUAAUCGAAUUUGUUGGUGGUCCAGAACAUGCUGUUUGUUUAUUACCACCACUUCAAAUUUUAGCUGGUGCUGAAGAAUUAGUUGUUAGAGAAAAGGCAGUCGAAUCAUUAUGUAAAAUUGCUAAAGAAAUUCCAAAUCAAGCAUUCGAAGAUUCAUUUAUUCCAUUAUUAUUCACAUUAUCAAAAGCUGAUUGGUUCACUUCACGUACUUCUGCUUGUGGACUUUUCACUGUUUCAUACCCAAGAGCUAAUGCUGAAAUGAAAAAAUCAUUAAGAAAAACUUUUGCUGGUUUAUGCCAUGAUGAUACUCCAAUGGUUAAAAGAGCCGCUGCUACAAACUUAGGUAAUUUUGCUAAACAAAUUGAAAAAGAUGCAGUUAAACAAGAAAUUCUUCCAUUAUUCCAAUCAUUAUCAACUGACGAACAAGAUUCAGUUCGUUUAUUAGGUGUUGAAAAUUGUGCAUUAUUAGGUUCAAUGUUAACUCCAGAAGAAAAUGCUCAAGUUAUUCUUCCAACUAUUAAAUCAUGUUCUUUAGAUAAAUCAUGGAGAGUUCGUUAUAUGGUUGCUCGUCUCCUUAAAGAGUUAUGCGAAUCAAUGGGUCCAGAAAUUACUAAAAAUGAAUUAGUUGGUGCAUUUGUUAAAUUACUUAAAGAUACAGAAGCUGAAGUUCGUACAGAAGCAGCAUUAAGAAUCGCUGAUGUUUGUUCACUUUUACCAAAAGAAAUAAGUAUUAAAACUAUUCUCCCAUGUGUUAAAGAUUUAGUUUCAGACUCAUCACAACAUGUUAGAGCUGCACUUGCUCAAGUUAUUAUGUCAUUAGCACCAGUUUUUGGAAAAGAAGAUACAGUUGCUCACCUUUUAGAACUCUUUUUACAACUCUUAAAAGACGAUUUCCCAGAUGUUAGAUUAAAUAUCAUUUCCAAAUUAGAUCAAGUUAGUAAAGUUAUUGGUAUCGAAAUGUUAGCACAAUCAUUAUUACCAGCUAUCGUCGAAUUAGCUGAAGAUCACCAAUGGAGAGUUAGAUUAGCAAUUAUUGAUUAUAUUCCACUUUUAGCCUCACAAUUAGGUGUAGAAUUCUUUGAUGAAAAACUUGGCAAUUUAUGUAUGACUUGGUUAGGUGAUUCAGUUUUCUCAAUUCGUGAAGCUGCUACCAACAAUUUAAGAAAAUUAACCGAAGUAUUUGGCGUCGAAUGGGCUAAAAAUAAUAUUAUUCCAAAAGUUCUCUCAUUACACUCACAUCCAAAUUAUCUUUAUCGUAUGACUACCUUAUUUUCAAUUAGUACCUUAUCAACUGUUGUUGGUGGUGAUCUUAUUUCACAAGCAAUGGUCCCAUUAUUAGCUAAAAUGGUUUCAGAUAAAGUUCCAAAUAUCAGAUUUAAUGUUGCCAAAACUUUCCAAACUAUUAUUCCAUUACUCGAUAGCACUGUUGUUCAAUCAAGAGUUAAACCAUUACUUCUUAAACUCCAAGAAGAUACAGAUAAAGAUGUUAAAUUCUAUUCAAUGCAAGCUUUAAAUCUUUGUUAAUACUUGUAUACACGCUAUCCAUUAAAAAAUUAUAUAAAAAAAAAAAAAAAAAAAAAAAAAAAAACAAACCUACAAAUCAGUAUGUUGAUUAAUAUGUAAACUAAUAAAUUAAAAUAUUAAUUU